UAAUAGUUCAGAAUAGUUAAGAAAAUGAAAAUGGCCGAUUAAAGUUAUUGUCAGAAUGUGUAAUAUGAAGAUAAGUUGUUUUACAAUGGAAUCCUUUGAAAAUAUUUUGAAAUCAAGACAGGGUAAUGCGACCGAAAUUGUACAGCAUAAUGGUGAUACAUUUAUUACAAACAGCGAUAGAGGUUUUGCUAACAAAAGUUGGUUUCGACAUACUGAAGAAAAUUUCAUUUGCAAUUACGCCUGUAGAGCCUAUCAGCAUUCUCGCUUGGUGCAAGGAAUUUGUCCCCGCUAAAAUGCUUUUGGCAGACUCAAGGCCGUUUAGUAACGGCCACGUUACGACUGACGAGGAAUAUAAUUUUAAACGAAAUACAUUUCGACCACGUUUAAUAUCAGAAAGUUCAGUCGAUUCAGAAGAUAAUUAUGAGAUUGUUUUCGAAACAGAUUCGGAAAAUAUUUACGACAGCGAUUUUGAUUACAAUGAAUCGACUGAUGAGAGUCAAAAUGAAAAUGAGAGUGAAUGUGAAAUAGCUCAGAAUGAAAAAACAUAUAAUUUUCAAACUCGUAAGGUAACAUUUAAUCUGACACCAGUUGUACAUACGAUGGUACAGUGGGACUAUGCAUAUCGUGCUGCUCGAAAAGGUCCAUGGGAGGAAAUGGCCAGAGAUAGAGAAAGAUUUAAAGGACGUAUUAAUUGUAUUCGAUGUAUUCUUGAACCUAUUCUACAAAUACAACAUCGCACUCAUAUAUGGCAAGAACGAUUUGCAUAGUAGGAUCAAUAAUUGUUUAUUAUCUGUACAAAAGAAAUUUUUCACAAAGGUUGCUGAAAUCACUAAGGAAAGGGAUGAAUAUUUUGCAAUAAAAAAUAAUAUGUAUAAUAAAAGUCUUCCAAAAAGAAAAUAGAAAAAGGCUGUGAAAGUAUAGUUUAGAACAGGGAUUCCCAAUAGUUACUAAAUUUAGAUGAAAAACAUCCAGAAAUCUUAAUAAUAUAUGUUCAAUGGUAUGAAGUAAAUGAUGAAACAAAAUUUAUAUUUCUUCUUUAAUUGCAAUAAUAAUUCUUUUACAGAAAAAAUGAAGUUGUCAAUACACAAUACUAUAUAAGAAACUAUGGAAAUUAAAGUAAAGAAAUCAUUUGAUGCAAUGAAUACACUUUUGAAUAUUUUUUAUAAAAUAUUUGUAAUUUGACUUUAAAAAAGUGGAAUCCCAGUAUUUCUUCACAGUUUCAUAUUUUUAUUCAAAAAGGUUAAAAGAUUUGUUACUUAUAAUUAUUUUUACUAUAUAAAUAUACUAUUAAAGAGAGAAGAUAAAUUGCAUAUAAUAAUGAAAUUAGAGGUUUGCAUAAUAACUUCAAUUUUAGCCAACAUUUUUUUAUUAUUUUAAAUAUAAUAUUACAUACAAGUAAUAUAUUAUUUCAAUAUUAUUUAAAAUGUAUAUUUAUAAGUAUUGCAUUCAAAUAAUUUCUUUUACAUAAUACUAAAUUCAAUUGUUGAACAUCAGUGGAAUCAUUGCUAGCAUUUGGAGUAUAUCUGGUAACACAUAUAUUUUUUAUAUUAUGAAAACCAAAGAAGCAUAGUUAUAUGUCAUUGAAAAAUGCAAAAUAAAAUGUUUAAAUAAGUCAUUCUUAUAACGCAUUUCUUUAUUAAUGUGUUGAUAUCUAUUAUAAUUAUUGUCUUAAACUUAGCAUACAUUAUAAAAAUUUCAGUGAAUUAUUAAAUCUUUUUUCAAUUAUUAUUUGUAAGUAGCAAUUGUCAAAUGAUAAUGAAAUACAGAUUUUAAAUUUAUGACAGAAAAUGAAAUAAGAAAUAACAAGUGUAUGAUCCAAGUUAUAUAUCCCAGAAAAUUCAGCAGCCUUGUGAAAGGUAUUAAAGAUUUUUCUUAAAGCGUUUAAGCUUAAUCUGGACAAAAGUUUAGAAAUAAAGAAUAUUAUAUACAGGAUGGUAUAUUAAAAUGGAAACACUCAACAAUUCUUUGUCAUUUAUGAAUUAAAUUUAGACCUUUAGAAAGACAUUCUUUUGGACAAAAAUAUUCUAUUAUUAUAUUUAUUCUUCCAAAUACUAUCUUUUUCUUAAAGAAUAUUUUAUAUCAAUAAUUAACCAAGAUAUUUAAAUAGUUUUCUUUAAAUGUUUCAUCCUGUAUAUUUGUAAUAUAUAUUAAAACUAGGUGUAAAUGCUAGAAAUCAGUAAACUCACAUUCUAGAGCACAUUUCCGCGUGGUUUUGUUUUACACAUUUUAUGUAAUAUAUAUAUGUAUAUAUUUGCGUGUGUGUGUAUGUAUGUAUGUAUGUAUGUAUGUAUGUAUGUACGUAUGUAUGUAUGUAUGUAUGUACGUAUGUAUGUAUGUAUGUAUGUAUGUAUGUGUAUAUAUAUAUAUAAUAUGUAUGUAUGUAUAUAUGUUUAUAUAUAUGUGUAUAUAUAUAUAUAUAUAUAUAUAUAUAUAUAAAAUGACAUUAAAUUAUUAUACGAAAAUUAUUUUAAACUGUGUACUCAUCAAAUGUAUAUAACAGAUUUUUAAUGUAUUAUAAUACGUUCACAACACGAAUAUUAUGAUUUCUAUGCGCACCAUAUAAAUAUGUGUGUAUAUAUAUAUAUAUAUAUAUAUAUAUAUAUAUAUAUAUAUAUAUAUAUUAUAUGUAUAUGAAAAAUGCGUGAGCUCAAUAAAUUCUACGAUUCGAGUAGUAAACAACAUAGGCUUGAACUGAAAAAAUGCGAGAAGAAAUGGACAGAACGUGGAACAAUACGUGCGAUAUAUAAUGAGAAACUCUUCACUGCUAUUUUCAAAUCUGUCAAUAAUUGACUAAUCAAAAAUCACCGUUUUAUAUGCUCUUCACAUUCCUAAAAAAUAUACUUCUCCAUUAGUAACAAUAAUCGUACAUAAAUACAUAGAUUAAAGCGUUCUGUUUAUUAAUAAUAAAAUCAUUUCGCUGUAAUAUGCGCGAAUGAAGAUGUUUAUAAAAAAGUGCAGAAUUUUGUACAACUCAAUAAAGCUUUGUAUAAAAA